GCCCGAUAAUUAUUCUACGAUAAGAAGGAAUAUGAGAUACAAGCCAAAAAAAAAAAAAGGGGAAGUGUUCUGAAAGCAGCUUCCAGUCCAUGCAAAGGGAUAAUCAUUAAGCCUUAGACUACACUCCAGCACAAUGGAAAAAAACACAAAUGUGAAAUCCCUCACGGCUAUGUUUAAUGCAGCACCCAGCCCCAUGGAGGGAGCCGAAAAGACCCCAGGGAAUCCAGCAUUAAAUUCCUUUCAAGCAAGAAGAGCAGAAUUUGCAAAAAGUAACAACUCCACCAGCCCAGGAACCUUUCCCAAGAAACCUGCCUCUCCGAAACCUUUGCAGGUGCCGAAACCUGCAUCUGAUGAAGUGAAACCUCCAAUAGUCCGAUCAGGAGGUUUAAACAGAUUUGGGGGUUCUGUUCAUGGACCAAGUCAGGAUUCAAAUGGGAAGCCUACGUUUUCAAAACCACCGGGAUUUAAGACUUUUGAGCAACAAAAAGAUGAGCCAAAGGUGACAUUUCCAAAGCCCAGUGGAAAUAAGCAUUUUCUAACCAAUAACUCUCCACAGGAACAUAAGUUUGGAGUCAAGCCUCCCGUUCCAACUGAGCCAAAAGAAGAUCACCCAAAACCAUCCUUCCCCAAGCCAUCAGCUAUAAAGGCAUCAGAGAAUGAGCCUAAACCCUUCGUACAGAAGAAGCCGCAAUUUGGGGCAAAGCCUUCAAUGAACUCUGUGGCCUCCCCCAGCGAAGCCAAUUCCAACAUGCAUGGUUUAGCUUCGAAAACAUUUUCAAAUUCCUUAGACAAUAAACCUAUAAAGCAAAUAAAAGAAACAACCGAAGGAAAUCCAGCACCAGGUCCUACAUCUCAGGUCUUUCCUGGAGUGACCUUAAAGCCAACUGGGAUUAAACAGGUACAGAGUCCAUUUCUGAAGCAAAAUACAGAUGAGCCAAACGACAGGACAAAACAAAGUACACCAGUUAUAGAUCUGCAGGCCAAAGCCAACCACAAUGGAGGUAACUCUUUACCUCCUGCAUCGAAGUUCCCAAGAAUUCCAUCAACGAGUCAGGACAGCUCAAAGGAACAGAAGUAUUCAUCGGAACCAAAAAGAAAACCUCUGCCGACUCCAGCCCAGCUGGGCCCUCCACCUCAAAAGCCAUCGAGACCUCCAAACGUAGACAUAGAACGAUUCAGAAGUUCCAAGACAUCUGGUAAUAAAAUGGCAGUCAGUGAAAAGAGGUCAUCUGCACUGUCAGCUGCAUUGCCACCACCGCCACCACCCUUAAAAUCCUCAGCAGCACCUUCAUCAUUCCCAAGCUUACCUCCCAGGAACAUCAGGAGCACAAAUGAAGAUUACAGGUCUGAGGACGGAGCUGUCGUUGAUGAUAUAAGUGAAGAAAGUGAUGAAGAAUGCUAUGAAGGGAUUGAUGAGCAUAGGAAAGAUCAAGAUGAGAAAAAGCGCAAGAAAGAAUUGGAGCAAGCUAAGAAGGAACAGAAGGAAAAGGAGAAGAAGGAGCAGGAGAUAAGGAAACGAUUCAGGUUAACUGAGAAGAUAGAUGUCAUGCAUCAGGCUCAGGCAAACACAGACUAUAAAGGAGGCAAAAACGAGCUCAGUUUCAAAAACGGAGAUGAUAUCGAAAUCAUCCGAGUUACGGAUAAUCCAGAAGGGAAAUGGCUUGGCAGAAUGAAAGGAAAUUAUGGAUAUAUAAAAACGUCAAUGGUGAAAGUAGAUUAUGGCUCGCUACCAAGGAAGCCCAUUCCUGUGAAAGCAGAAAACGACCAGGACAUCUAUGAUGAUGUUGGGGAACAGGAUUCUGUCAGCAGUCACAGCAUAGGAGGAAAUUCAAAUUUUCCUCCGCCACCGAGUAAUGAUGAUGAUAUCUAUGAUGGUGUUGACGAUGGCCCCAUGGAUAGCUCUGAACCACAGGAGGAAGACAAGAGCAGCCCAUCGUUGUGGGGUCUCUUUAGGAAGCGGAAGGGAACUGAGAACAAAAAGAAACACGCAAACGAAAAAGCAGAUCACGAAGAGUUCGAAGAAGACCCAUCUCUGUCAAACUCUACCUUCGAUGGAGAUGUUUAUGAUGAUGUGGACACCAGUGAAUUUCCACCUCCUCCAAUAGAGUUCAGUUUAACAAAUCAGGGCACCUCCACCUUUGGGAAAUCAUCGGACUACAAGACACUGAAGAAGCUGGAGAAAGAGGAGAAGGAAUUCAGGAAAAAGUUCAAGUUUACAGGUGAUAUUCGGGUGUUGUCAACGGUCCAGAUAGCGACCAACCUGGCAGCAAAGAAGUGGGGAUCCAAGGAUUUACCUCUGAAGCCUGGAGAAAUGCUGAGUGUGAUACAACAUACCAACAAUAAUACACUUCUAUGUAAAAAUAAUGAAGGCAAAUAUGGUUAUGUAUCAAGAAGCAACAUAGCUGAUAAUGACGGGGACAUCUAUGAUGAUAUUGGAGAGGACUGCAUCUAUGACAACGACUGAAUCCUCCGCAAUACGUGUCCACCUGUGAAUUACCUGCCGUCAACAACAGCCAAGAAAAACAUUGUAAAAAUUAUUUUGUAUAAAAAAAAAAUUUUUAUAUCUCAACGCUACCAAUCGGAUCGCCGCUUUCAUUAUCCAGCAUGGGUCCGAAAAUGCGAUCUGCUGGAACCCGGAAGCAAGGCCACCUUCCGUUUGAAGCAUAUAUAAUGUUGUAUAAAAAAAGUCUCUGCAGCUUAUAAGAAUAGAUUUUGUUAUUUUCGAAAAAUAAAAAAUCAUUAAAAAAAACAUUUAUAAUGCAUUGGGGCCACUUUUCAAUGCAAUUUUGGUCUUUUCACAGAAGUAUAAUAAUAAUAAUAAAAUACAUAUAUUAUAUACAUACAUUGUGGCAAAAAAGUAUUUGGUCAGCCACCAAUUGUGCAAGUUCUUCCACUUAAAAAGAUGCUGGCCACUCUCCAUCGUCCUCGGGCAGCGUGACUUUGAGGUACGCCUCUUCGGCCCCGAUGGAGAUUCUCUGCAUAUGAUCUCUUGAAACAUGUGCGCCGCGCCAACUUUCCGGGUCUCCGGCACCAUUUUGGGACUCUCCAACCUCGUGCUUGCCUGCUCCGCCAUGUUGCUCACCUCACAGACUUCCGGAAAACUGAAGUGGACCAGCGGCACCGUUUCUUUUAUUCAGAACUUCGGGAAAAUGGCCACCGGCCAGAAGUGCUUCAGCGGUGCAUUGCUGACUUCCGCUUCCCCGGCAACAAGGGGCGGGUCUUUCAGGUUCCACUUGGGAUUUGAUACAGCAACAUGGUUCCCACGCCCGGGGCGGGACACUGACCAGCGCGCUUCAUUAACCAUUUCAGGUACAGCCAGCACUUUGAUUCUCAGCAUAGCUUCUGACCGAAUUUUAUACAUGGUCGGCACAAUUAUCGGACAGUUCACAAUGGCAGAAAACAGACUUUUCUU